UUUUGAUUUCCAAAACUAGCUUAUGUGACCAUAUAACGUUUAACCAAUAUUUAAAUAUUUGAAUUUCAACUAACGUCACAUGUCAAACAACCAAUCAGCAAACAAGUAGUUAAAAUCUAAAUUCCGUCAAAAUUUGUUUUAAGCGGUUGGUUUUCUUUUCUUGUAGAUCGUUUUCUAGUUCGAAGGAAGGAAGAGUCAAAGUAGGCGUAAACGUAGAGGAAAGAAAGCAGUGUCUAUCAGUAUCAACAGAAUUUUCCAUAAUUUUCAUUUAUUAAGGUGAAGUUGGGAUUAUAUUGGUGCCCAAAUGCCGAGCCAAGACAAUCGGUUGAAGCACUUCAAGAAUAGGGGGAAAGAUGUGGAGGAGAUGAGACGGCGAAGGACGGAAGCUAAUGUGGAGCUGCGCAAACAAAAAAAGGAUGAACAGCUUUUAAAGAAAAGAAAUGUUUCUUUUAGUGAAGAUCCAACUAGCCCCCUUGGUGAACAAAACAAGCUUGAUGCUGUAGCUGUAAUGUCCAUGGAAGAAAUUGUCCAAGGUAUAUCUAGUCAGGAUGAGACUCUAAAUUUUCAAGCAGCUCAGUCAGCGAGGAAAAUUCUCUCUCGGGAACGAAAUCCUCCUAUUGAUUCUCUUAUCCAAGCAGGGGUUGUUCCAAUUUUUGUCCGGUUUCUUUCUUGUGAUUCAAACCCCCCUCUCCAGUUUGAAGCAGCUUGGGCUCUUACAAAUAUAGCAUCAGGAAAUUCGGACCAAACUCGGUGUGUAGUGGAUGCUGGAGCUGUACCACUUUUUAUCAAACUCUUGUGUUCACAACAUUCUCAUGUUUGUGAACAAGCUGUGUGGGCCUUAGGAAAUAUUGCAGGUGAUGGACCCGAUUGCAGAGAUCUAAUCAUUCGACAUGGAAUAAUGAAACCUUUGCUUGACCUUAUUAAAUCGGACAGUCCAGCUUCUUUUUUACGUAAUGUGACAUGGACGUUAUCCAACUUGUGCAGAAAUAAAAACCCACCACCACCCUUUGAGGUUGUCAAACAAAGUCUUCCAACACUACGUCAGUUAAUUUACCACAAUGAUAAAGAAGUUGUUGCAGAUGCAUGCUGCUUAUCCUACUUAACCGAUGGUACAAAUGAAAAAAUCCAAGAGGUUAUCGAUGCUGGUGUCGUUCCUCGUCUCUGUGAACUUCUUGAUGUUGAUGAGGUGUCUAUAUUAACUCCAUCUCUUCGUGCAGUUGGAAACAUUGUAACUGGUAAUGAUGCACAAACUCAGCAUGUGAUUGACUGUCAGGCCUUACCACCCUUCAGAAAGCUACUCUGUAAUAAAAAAAUAAAUAUUCAGAAGGAAGCAGCUUGGAUGAUCUCAAAUGUUACAGCAGGAAAUGAUAGUCAGAUCCAGUCUGUAAUAGACUCUGGACUGGUAGAACCACUUAUAGAAGUACUUGCACAGGGAGAUUACAAAAGUCAGAAAGAGGCAACCUGGGCUGUUGCCAAUUUCACAUCUGGAGGUACGUUGGAACAGAUAGUUUAUCUCGUUCAAGCAGGAGUUGUUCCUCCUCUCUGUGAUAUGCUGAAAAUAUCAGAUCCUAAGAUUGUGAUGGUUCUAAUAGAUGCUCUAAACAAUAUCAUUCAGGCUGCUGACAAGUUGGGGGAAAUGGAAAAGGUUCUCUUAUUGAUAGAGGAAGUGGGAGGUGUAGACAAAAUAGAAGCUCUACAGCAACAUGAAAAUAAUGAUGUUUAUACAGCUGCAUUGGAAUUCAUUGAAAAAUAUUUUUCUGGAGAGGACACAGAUGAUGCCCACCUUGUUCCUGAGAUGAGUGCUGGAGGAGACUACCAAUUUUCAACAACAGCUGCUGCACCAGAAGGAGGAUUUUCUUUCUAAAGUUGUAUCAUAAUGUAUCAAACUCAUUGAACAGUUUAAAAGAGCAGUAUAUAUAUAUAUAAUGCAACUGAAAAAACUAUUAUUCAGUAUUUCCUGUGUAACAACAUCAAAAUAAUAUUAAGGAAAUAGUGUUUUAAAAUUACUAAAAUUGCAAACAUUUUUCAAAUUAAAUAUUUUUGAUAUUUCUUGGUAAGUGUUUCGGUUUUGUCAUUGUUUUUAAUACUUAGCUGUACCUUUCAGAGUACAACUUGAGUUGACAAGUUUGUAAAAAUAAAGUUUCUCAGUAUUUUUGA